CCCAGCGGGAAGCCAAUUACGGUGCAGGUCAGGACCAUGGCGGCCUGGCUUGCUGGGAUCCGGUGGGGGACUGCCCCUGCCGCUGCCCGGAGGGGCCCGCUGGUCUCCAGCCGGAGGUGGGCCGGCGCUUCGUCAGACACCGUGUACGAUGUGGUGGUGUCCGGGGGAGGCCUGGUGGGCGCCGCUAUGGCUUGUGCCUUGGGAUAUGAUAUUCACUUUUGUGACAAGAAAAUCCUGUUGCUAGAAGCAGGUCCAAAGAAAGUACUGGGGAAGUUGCCAGAAACUUACAGCAACAGGGUCAGCUCCAUUUCCCCUGGCUCCGCAACCCUUCUCAGUAGUUUUGGUGCCUGGGACCACAUCUGCAGCAUGAGAUACAGAGCCUUUCGGCGAAUGCAGGUGUGGGAUGCCUGCUCAGAAGCCCUGAUAAUGUUCGAUAAGGAUAAUUUAGAUGACAUGGGCUAUAUAGUGGAGAACGAUGUCAUCAUGCAUGCUCUCACUAAGCAGCUGGAGGCUGUGUCAGACCGAGUGACUGUUCUCUACAAGAGCAAAGCAGUCAGCUAUACCUGGCCUUAUCCAUUUUCCAUGGCAGACUCCAGCCCUUGGGUUCAUAUUACCCUAGGUGAUGGCAGCAUCCUCCAGACCAAAUUGUUGGUUCUUGUCUCCAUGCAGAUUGGUGCAGAUGGCCACAACUCAGGAGUACGGCAGGCCGCUGGAAUCCAAAAUGUUAGCUGGAACUAUGACCAGUCCGCUGUUGUGGCUACUCUGCAUUUAUUGGAGGCCACAGAAAACAAUGUAGCUUGGCAGAGAUUUCUCCCCUCCGGGCCCAUUGCUCUGCUUCCGCUCUCAGACACUUUGAGUUCCUUGGUUUGGUCCACAUCCCAUGAACAUGCAGCAGAGCUGGUCAGCAUGGAUGAGGAAAAGUUUGUGGAUGCCAUUAACUCUGCCUUUUGGAGUGAUGCCAAUCACACAGAGUUCAUCGACUCGGCUGGCUCCAUGCUGCAGUAUGCGGUUGCCUUUCUGAAGCCCACUAAGAUCUCAGCUCGCCAGCUGCCCCCAAGUGUAGCCAGGGUGGAUGCCAAAAGCCGAGUACUGUUUCCUCUUGGGUUGGGACAUGCUGCUGAGUACGUCCGGCCUCGGCUGGCACUCAUUGGGGAUGCAGCCCACAGAGUCCAUCCACUUGCAGGACAAGGUGCCAACAUGGGCUUUGGGGAUAUCUCCAGCUUGCUCCAUCACCUCAGGACUGCAGCCUUCAAUGGGAAAGACUUAGGCUCCAUGAGCCACCUCACAGCUUAUGAAACAGACAGACAGCGUCACAACACUGCUCUUCUGGCUGCUACUGACCUACUGAAACGGCUGUAUUCUACCAGUGCCACCCCACUGGUGCUGCUCAGGACGUGGGGCUUGCAGGCUACAAAUGCAGUAUCUCCGCUCAAAGAACAGAUUAUGGCCUUUGCAAGCAAAUGAAUGCUCCUCUUCUAGAUCUUUUCCCAAGACCAUCACGUAUUUUCAAGAUUUAAUUUAAUAAAUUUACAUUAGAAUUCUGCAGUCUCUUUUUCUCCUCUGCUUAAUGGACCUGUGGAGCUCAAAUAAUGAGUGAUUAUUUGCUGUGAGGCGGGCAUAUACCAAGCCAAGAAAAAAACCCCAAAGGAAGACUAUGAUUUGAUUGAAAAAAGAACUUUUUAAUUACUAAAAAAAUUGCUAUGGUGCUGUCUCCUUCAUUUUCACUUGUUAGCAGUCCUUUCUAAAGAGAAGAUUUAUACAAUUAAAAAAAAUGCUGGUUGUAAAUUUAUACAGUUUUUUGAUAAAGAAUUAGAAAUAGUCAAUUGAUGCAUUUUUGUUAGAAUUGCUGUUUUAAAAUUAGUAACACUAGAAUGCAAAAUAAACACAAAUUGCUUUAACCUUUAUUAUAGGUAUAUUAGACUUUCUGAAAAGAAAACCAAAUCUUAAAAUGCUAGUUACUAUUUCCUCAUCACAGCACCGUAUUUCAUGUAUGGUUCCUCUGUGGGACACCACUGUCUAUUCUGUAAUAAAACAAUAAAUAAUUUCAUUGCACAGAUUUAAAGACCUCAGGAACCAGGUCAAAAGGAAAAAUCUGAUUAGCAGCAGAAUUUGUUCAUGUUUGGUUGCAGGCUGGUGCCAGCCUGGGUGGGGGUGGGUUGUUUUACUGUGUACUUUAGAAGCGGUUACCUCACAGUACGAGAGAUACCUGUCAAAGAGAGUUUUGGAUCCAUUAGAUUUGUAUACCACAAACAAACAACAUCUUGCCCAGAAGUCUGAUUUGCAGUUGAAAGGAGAAGAUAACAGUCUGCUUUUGACCCAACCUAAGCUAUUCUUGGGAAAUAUUUUUAGGGAAUGGAAAAUUUGUUACCAUAGGGGAGCUUUUCAGGUAAAUGCAGAAAAUAUAUAAGAUACUAAAAAAAUGUGAAUGUCACAAAACUUCCUGGAAUCUCAGGAAAAAAAAUGUGCCCAGAAUGAAAGAUGGCAGCUACUGGAAAAAGCUGUGUGACUACUGGCAGAGUCCAGAAAGGUCACUGUAGGGAGAAAAGGUCAUCUUUCAUAAAAAAAUGGAAAGGUAGCCCAGGUAUGAAGAACAUGGACUCUACAAAAGUAUGCAAACAGAAUCAGGCAAGACAUGAAGAAUUUUAAGGCACACCUUGCAAGGACCUCCAUAACCCACAGUGUUUUUCAUAUGAUGAUGAUAACACACACACAAAAUCCACUAUGUGCCAGGCCAUGUCCUAGUAUUUGAAAUAUAUAACACAUUUACAGAAAGAAAAGCUAACCAUCAAGAUCAGACCUUGUAGGACUCUUAAUAAGAGGCCCAAAAGGUACACUAGGGGCAAAAAGGACAUUACAGACAAAUUGUUUUUUCUAAGAAAUAAAAAGUCUCAUUCCAAAUUGCUCCUGUAAUGGAUAAACUGGUUAAUUCUCUAGAUAGUCUAAUCAAGAUUAUCAGAAAAUAUGUAGAUACAUUUCUGAGUUAUAAUGUAUCUACCCAAGAGUUCUGAAAGUAUUUGGGAUGACUGAAGGAGUCUGCUGAACAAUAUGUGGCCUUUAUAAGAAAAGCGUCAAAGACAAGCUGUGGUGAUAAAGACCAGGAAAUCUUACCUCUGAACCCAUCAAGCUGGAGGAGUCUUUAGUGAACACAGCUUAUCUCUUGGGAAAACUUGGUUUCUAAUAGGAAAUUGUCUCCCCCUAAUCUUGUAGAACAGCAUUUUGUCUAUGAUGUCUGGUUCUAACACCAUACUCUUGACACAGAUGGGAAGGGGUCUAGAAGUCAAGUGAUAAUAUUAAAAAGAAUGUGAAGGACUCGGGAGAAGUUUUCUUCAGAAGACCGAAAGGCUGUGGAAGGAGGGAGUAGAGCAGAACUAAGACUACUGAGAAGGAGGGAUUUUUUUAACAUCAGUGCAAUCCCAAAGUGGAAUGAGUUGUCUGGAAGCAUGCCUACACAGAAGCUGAAUGACAACCAUUUAGAAGUGUUAAGGGAGUUCUAGCAAUGGGUAGAAGAUUGGAUUGAUUAUAUCUUUGGGCCGUUUCCAACUCUAGAUUCUAUUAUUUCACUCUGUAUUAGCAUUUUUGGAGGAAGAGACAGUAGGUAUAAAGGUGACCUUAGUAUAAUUAAAAAUCACUGUGAAGGGCUUCCCUGGUGGCGCAGUGUUUAGGAGUCCGCCUGCCAAUGCAGGGGACAUAGGUUCGAGCCCUGGUCUGGGAGGAUCCCACAUGCUGCGGAGCAACUAAGCCCAUGAGCCACAACCACUGAGGCUGCGCUCUAGAGCCCACGAGCCACAACUACUGAGCCCAUGCAUCUAGAGCCAGUGCCCCACAACGAGAAGCCACCGCAAUGAGAAGCCUGCGCACCGCAACAAAGAGUAGCCCCCACUCGCCACAACUAGAGGGAGCCUGCGUGCAGCAAUGAAGACCCAAUACAGCCAAAAAUAAUAAAACUAAAAAAAAAAACAAUCGCUGUGAAGAAGAAAAAAUUCCACAUUGAAUUGAAAAACUAAAAUUUGGGGGGAUGAGGG